UUUCCGGUUGAUUUCCUCUUUCUUCUACAGUCGUGUACUCAUCUUUAUCAAAUCAAGAUGAGAUAGAGAGAGAGAUCAAGAAAUCGGGUGCGUUUCUUUGCUUUGCACGAAGAGAUAGAGAGGGAGAUCGGGGGCAAAUCUCUAAAGCACAGAGUCGUCGCCGAGUCAAUCCAAUUGGGUUCCAAAGUUCGAACCUUUAAUCUGUUUUGUUCGCUUUUUACAGAUUUUAUGCAAAAAAGUGUAUGCAUCAUUGCAGUGCCGCUGUUCCUUGGUCUGCUGUUUAGCAUUCUCUCCAUCUUUUAUUCUUAUUCAGAUUUUGGGAACAGUGUGCUGUCGCACAGUUUAAUUGUCUGCAAUUCAGAUCAAUGGACAGAUUGUCGAGGUGAUGAAGAUGAUAGAGAUUGAACAUCAAAAUGCAUAAAUUUUGCCCAAGUUAUUUCAGGUGAUUGACAAUAAGUUUUGCAUCGUCAAAUUACAGGGAUUUCCAUAAGCAUAUCAAAAGAGGCAGCUAAUACAGUUCGAGAAGAAUCUUAGAACUUAGAAAAGAGCACAUCAGCUGAUAGCAGAAAAGGUCAUGCUUCUUAUCAGAAUUGGUCUAUUGCUUCUGUUUUCGAUGUAAUGUUCCAAGCUAAGGGAAUGAAUACUCAUGGACCAAGGGAUAUUGUUUAAUGUUUAUGAGCCAAAGAAGAACAAUCUGAAGUUUGGACUGAAAGAUCGAGAAAAACGAUUUAGAGAGAGCGAUAGAGAGAUCGGAUGUCAUAGAGAGCGAUCCAAAGAGAUAUCAAAGAAGUGAAGAACGACCCAUAGAGAGAUAGAGAGAUUGGGUGUGUGUUGCUUAUCGAACGACCGAAGAGAAUUGAUAAUCUUCAGUCUGUUGUGUUGGUGGGUUUCGGGAGAGCGACGAUUGCAGCUUUCAUUGUUCUCCUCUGUAAUCUCGCGCCAUCUCCACCUCCAUCGUCGCCGUCAGUCCGUCAAUCACUCCCGCAAUCCCAACAUGUAAAACGAUGCGGAGAAGAAUCGUAACCUACUGCCACGUGUCACCCUUUACUCGCCAAUACUCUAGCUUAUCUCCUCCACCGCCGCAGACCGCCGGACCGCCGCCGCUCAUCCGAGUGUCGAACCACGUCGCCAAACUGGGCCCACCGAAAGAAGGCCCGAAACCCAGGCAGCUCCUCUCCUUGUCGCCUUUCCCCGGCGGUCGACAUUUGCCGGGGAAGAAGAAGUCAUACCAAGACGGCGCCGUUUCACGACCCUCACACGUCACCGCCGUCAGUUGGCUCAAGUAUUACUUCCAUGAGAUUGACGACACCGCCAUUCGGUCCCAUUUCAACAAAGGCCUUGUUCAGAUGGAAGGCCCGGAUUCAAUUGGGAAGGAAGGGCAAGUGAAACGUUUGAGAAAGAUUAGGCCUAGUGAGGUAAUGGAGGAAGGUGCAAGAGUAUAUGUACCAGUAUCGAUUGCAGAGAGUAAAAUUUCAAGGAGAUUCGACUGCAUACCGAGUGAGACAUUGUACCCAAAUGCGGAUGAGAUUGACUACUUGCAAAGGCUUGUCAAGUACAAGGACUCUGCUAUAAUAGUGCUGAACAAGCCCCCAAAAUUGCCAGUCAAGGGUAAUGUGCCAGUCCAUAACAGCAUGGAUGCAUUGGCAGCAGCAGCAUUAUCUUAUGAUUAUGAUGAAGGUCCUAAAUUGGUUCAUCGGCUUGACAGAGAGAGCAGUGGCCUCCUUUUAAUGGGAAGAACAAAAGACAGUGUAUCUCUUCUGCAUUCGUUAUACACUGACAUCAACAUUGGGAAAUCAUCAUGCAGGGCUUGGAAUGAUGCAUGUAGAACAAAAUGUCAGAGGUACUGGGCAUUGGUUAUAGGGUCGCCCAAGGAAAAGGAAGGCUUAAUUUGUGCUCCUCUCAUGAAGGUGCUUCUUGACGAUGGGAAGACAGAGAGGGUCAUCUUGGCUCCUCAGUCAGGAUUAGAAGCUUCCCAACCGGCUCUAACUCAAUAUCGGGUGCUUGGUCCUACGAUAAAUGGAUGCUCAUGGAUUGAAUUACAACCACUCACUAGCCGAAAGCAUCAGCUCCGUGUUCAUUGUGCUGAAGCUUUAGGCACGCCAAUUGUGGGUGACUAUAAGUAUGGGUGGUUUGUUCACUGGAGAUGGAAACAAAUGCCUCAAGUCGAUAUUGAGCCGGCAACUGGGCUACAAUACAAGUUGCGGAGGCCAGCAGGUCUGGAUGUACAGAAGGGAAGUGUUCUAUCAAAAGUCCCUCUUUUGCAUCUACACUGUAGAGAGCUCGUACUCCCCAAUAUUGCUAAGUUCCUUGUUUUAUUGGAUCAGAAGUCAGACAACUGGCACCCUGUAGACAGUUUGAAGCCAGAUAUCCUUCGGUUUGUGGCAUCGAUGCCAACCCACAUGAAACUUAGUUGGAAUCUCAUGUCAUCUUAUUUGGUGUAGAGGACAGGUUAAUAAGCUAUCAAUCAGCUCAGUUCUUCCCCUGAUAGAAUCUUCCAAGCCUUCUUUGGUCUCUACUUUGAGUACUGUAUAUAACCAGAAUAUAAAUUUCAGAGUGGAUGAGAAAUUUAAAACAUGUAGACCUUCAGUGCUUGUUUUGCUAGUUGUAUCACCAAGUCAUUUUAACAUAUUUUGAUCUGGAGUAACAGUGAAAAUUUCUGUUAGAUACUCGGCGGGAUAGAUCAAUUCAACUAUUGCUUCUGUAAUCCCUGCUUUUAGCGGAAGCUUUGAGGCUCUCACUUGGUUUGGUACUUUAGUAGUGUUGUUCACUUCGCUUGCUUGUUAAAGAACAAGUCUACGAUUGCCAAUCAACAUUUUCUAACUAGCCA